AUGUCUCAUCAAACGGGGAUAAGAGCAAAUGAGCAACUGAGAAAGUUUUUUGCAAAAUGUAAAGAUGGCAAAAUCAGAGUCGUCAAAGUGUCUAUUAAUGAAGAACAGCUAGUUUUUGAUGAACAUAAAGAUGUGAAAAGUAACUGGGAAAAGGACUAUGAUAAAUACAUAGCACCUCUCAUAGAAGAUAAUCAACCUUGCUACCUGUUAUUUCGACUAGACUCUAAAAAUUCUUCAGGGUAUGAAUGGUUGCUCAUUAGUUGGUCUCCAGACACUGCACCAAUAAGGCAAAAAAUGUUAUAUGCUUCUACUAAAGCUACUUUGAAACAAGAAUUUGGUUCAUCACAUAUAAAAGAAGAAAUACAUGCAACUAUCAGUACUGAAGUUACCCUCAAUGGCUAUCUCAAAUAUAAAAAGUCAGCUGCUGCUCCUGCACCAUUAUCAAUGAGGGAGGAAGAACUUCAGGAAAUAAAAAGAACUGAAGUUCAUACUGAUAUAGGUGUAACUACUAAACACCAAACUUUAAGUGGAGUAGCAUUUCCAAUAACUAAGACAGCUGAACAGGCUAUUUUAGAUAUGGCAAGGGGCUCUUAUGACUACAUACAAUUUAAAAUAGAUAUUGAUGAAGAAGAAAUACACUUAGUUGGUGCUGAAAAUGUCUCUAUAGAGAAGCUACCUUCAAAAGUUCCUAGUGAUACUGGACGAUAUCAUUUGUAUAGGUUUAAACAUACUCAUGAAGGUGACUACACAGAAAGUAUUGUGUUCAUAUAUUCAAUGCCUGGAUACAACUGUCCUAUUAGAGAGAGAAUGUUAUAUUCAAGUUGCAAAAACCCUUUAACAGAUAGUAUUGCGAAUUUAGGAUUGGAAAUUGUAAAAAAACUUGAAAUCGACUCUGGUGACGAAUUGACUGAGAAAUUUCUAUAUGAUGAACUUCACCCUACCAACAGCCUUCAUCGGCCGAAAUUCGAGAAACCAAGAGGUCCCCCCAACAGGGGGCCUAAACGUAUGACCAGGCAUCAGUAGAAUGUUUGAUUUAGAGUAUUAUUUUCUAGCUAUAUGUACUUCCUGAUUGUUCCUUAUUCGGUUAAAUCGACUAUUGCUCAAGAUGAUUUCAUUCAAUGGUGCGCAGAUCGAUAAUAGAUCCUUGAAGACAAUAUUUUUUCAUAUACACGAACAAAAGUCCGUCGAACAAUUAGUAGGAUUUAUUGGUAUUUUUUUAUGCAAGAAAUGGUACUGGUAUUCCGAAUUACUGGACAGCUGGACGUCUAAAACAUCAGGCCAUAUAAUAUUUCUCAAAAUUUUCGAUCAUAUUGUUUCAAUUCUAAUUGGCAAUAUUCAUUUUCAAUUCAUCAUAAUUUGUCUAGGUAGAGGACAAACGGGUUUUCGAAUAUUUUAAUAUCAGGAUUUUGUAAGUAGUGCUCAAAUAUGUUGUCUUUACUUAGUGGCCCUGAAGAGUUGAUAGAUAAACCUCUGGCUAUAUACAAAUUUAAAAAUAUUUGCAUCUUUGAUUUUUUUUUCUCCUCAUUCCGUCAAAAAUAGUUCUCUUUUAUUGCUGAAUACAGAUGAAUCAGGUUUCUCCAUCAAAUGAUGAAAGCAGAUUUGAAUUGUUUUGAAUAAAAAAAAAAUUCACCCGGAUUUUUUUCGGAUACCAGCCAGCCAUGUUUGAAUGUCUUUCUCUAGCUUACCAUCUAGCAAGUAAUCUUUCGUCAAAUACAGUUUAGUGAUUUUGGCGUGAUCCAGUAUUACUCGAGGUAUUUUUUGAAUUCUAUAAAGCUGAGUUGUAUUUUUGCCACUAUUCAAUUAUCAUCAUCUUCUGAAUAUUUUGAAAUUAUAAUGUUAUACCUUGCCUGUGCAAUUCACUCGGCAAUUCAUUAUACAAAUUACUGAUGAAUUAUGCCUAGUAUUUAUAUAGCUUAUAUUUUUAUAUGAUACAGCUCAUGAUUUCUAAAAAAAACAUUUAUAUGUGGAAACUAUUAGUUAUUUUAAUAAAGCAUAUUAUUUAUUGAUCAAAAA